AUGUGUUUUUGUAUUGAUAAUGUUAUCUUUUGUAAGGAGGAGGAGAUCUCAGAGGACGAGGUGGACGGGACAUUCAAAACGCUCUUUGGGAAGCUAUCGGGAGAUGACUCUGAGAUAUCAGCUUUUGAACUGAAGAACAUUCUCAACAAAGUAGUGUCCAAACGCCCUGAUAUUAAGGCAGACGGCUUUGGCCUGGAAACGUGCCGCAACAUGAUCAACCUACUGGACAAAGAUGGCAAUGGGAAACUUGGUCUGGUGGAGUUUAAGACACUGUGGACCAAGAUAGAGAAAUAUCUGAAGAUUUAUCGUCAGCGAGAUGAGGACGAUUCUGGUACCAUGAGCUCAACUGAGAUGAGAGCAGCUGUUGAGGAAGCUGGUUUCUCUCUGAAUAAUGUGUGUGUGUGUGUGUGUGUGUCAGGGUUCUCUCUGAAUACUCCUCUGCACCAGCUCCUGGUGGCCCGUUUCAGUGACACUGACCUCACCAUCGACUUUGACAAUUUUGUGAGCUGCCUGAUACGGCUGGAGUCCAUGUUCCAAAUAUUUCAGACUCUGGACACGGAUGGUUCAGGAAAAGUUGAGUUCAACAUGUUUCAGUGGCUGUAUUUGACCCUACUGUGAAUUUCAAACCAAAUGACCAGCAGGGCGGCGCUCUGCACUCGCUCCAGUUACUUCUUCUGGACACUGUUACUGUAGCCUACUGCCCCAUCACCCUGCAAAACACUUUUUAUUUGUUUUUGCUGAUUGCAUUGGAGUUAGACCAUGACACAUAUCAGAGGGGGAAAACUCCAGCUUCAGAGAGUAAAAGUCUGAUUGUGUAAUUGGUUCUACUUGUGCACUUAGCACAGGCGAUCUCGUCAAUUAGCUGCUCUACCUAGCUGAAGAGUUGUGCUAAUUAGAUUCAGCUGGUUUAAAUGAAUGGUAUGCACAGAUAUGUGGUAGGACAUUUACUCACUGAAACUGGAGUUUUCCACCUCUGUCACAUAUUUGCAAUCAGUAUGUAAAACGGCUUGACAUCCUGUAUUCUGCUCUUGUUGACAAUGGUGUAAUUAGUCAAUAGACUUACACAACUGAAUAAUUCUAGUUAACUAUCAUCAGUUAUACAGCACCUUAGUAAUAGCCAUCAUGUUUUCAUCAACGGUCUAAUACAAACUUGUAUAUUUUUGUACAGUAAAAGGUAUUACCUCUU